AUGGAUGCUGUUAACAGGACUGAGACUGGAAAUGAAGAGACAGGAAGAUGGAAAAACUUUAAUUCUUGGAUUAAAUACUACUUCAACUAUGAAUGCUAUAUGACUUUCCUUAAUGGCUGCUACAGUUGUGAAUGGCAAGCCCAACAGAAGAAAAAAGCUAGACGUCCACUCUGCUGCUGCUCUUUGAGAGAGCGAUUAUUUUACCCAUGGCUGAUUAUGUCAUUUUGCUUGUCUGUGCUUUUAUUUUUCACAUGGAUAGAAACUUCAAAUGAAUUCAAUGGCUUUGACUGGGUUGUUUUCCUAGGUACAGGAGUCUGGUUCUUUUGGUCCAUUGUCUUGCUGAGUUUCCUUGGGAUCCUGGCUGCCUACACAACACUCCUACUGGUACUUGGAUUUUUGUUGUGUUGGGAAAAACAGCGACUGUACCUGCACUGGUACCAUAAGAUCCUGGUUCUGAUAAUGAUUCCAUUUUUCUUAUUUUUGUUAUGGAUUUUGUUAACUUACUGGAAAGACAGGUGGCUCACCAUCGGGCUGUCACUUCAGGUCUUUUCUCCCUACAUACACCUGAGCAGCAUAUCUGUGAUGGUUUUGCUUUCAUGGCCUGUGGCCUUCUACUUGAUCCAUUUGGAAGGAGAAGCUAGAAUGAGACGUUACCAGAUUACAAGUAAUGAAAGAAGAAGAAAUACAUGCUGUAGUAUGCUCACGAAAUUGAGAGCUCUACAAGUGGCCAUUGGAGUGCCCUUUUUUCUUAUCCUUUUAUGUCUCUAUGUGGUGCCAUUUGGGACUUACUCUCCCUGCCUUCAGGAGAAGGAGAAAUUGGCACCCAAGCCAACCUUCUUUGGACAUAGAGGUGCACCCAUGCUGGGGCCUGAGAAUACCAUAAUGUCCUUUGAGAAGGCUGUUGAAUAUGGGGCCCAUGGACUGGAGAGUGAUGUACGAAUAAGUUUUGAUGGGGUGCCUUUUCUCAUGCAUGACUAUGACUUGACAAGAACAACCAAUAUAAAGGAGGUCCUGCCAAAUGCCUCCAGUAGACACCCUUCCUUGUUUCAAUGGAGUUUCCUGACGACUCUGAAUGCAGGCAAAUGGUUUUCAGAUGCAUGGAUCAAACCAUUUUUUCGUAUGAAACCCUUAUCAGAGGCUGAUAAGGAAAGAGCAAGAAAUCAGAAGAUUGCUAAACUAACUGAUUUAUUGGCAAUUGCACAGAAGGAAAAAAAAUUGGUGAUAUUUGAUCUUGAAUCUCCUCCUUCAAGACAUCCUUCCAGAUCAUCGUAUAUCCACCUUGUAGUAAGAGUGAUCCUUGACUCUAAGAUUGAGCAACAUCUGAUUGCUUGGUUACCAGGUUCUGAGAGAAAGUAUAUCAAGAGCAAAGCUCCUGGUUUUCAGCACGUGGGCACAUUUUAUACCCUUCAGGAACUUGCGGAUGAAAAUAUCACUAGAAUAAAUGUUGACUAUAAGAGAUUGUACUACAAUGGAUUGAGAGAAUAUAAAGCAGCUAACAUCAGCAUCAACUUAUACAUUGUCAAUGAACCUUGGCUCUUCUCAUUGGUCUGGUGCCACAGCAUUCAGUCCGUGACCACAGACAACAUUGAAGUCCUGAAUGGGAUGAAUCACCCUUACUACUUCAUGACACCAAAUUUCUACCUGUUCUUGUGGAUUUUCAUGGAUAUUCUUUCUGCAGUUUUCAUUGUUUCCAUAUUUCAUUUGUCCUUUAAAGGAGGAAACUUCAUACCCUCUGCCCAAGAAGCUUCAAGUGCAAGCCUCCAAAAUGAAGUAUUAGAAAUUAUGGGUACCCCUGCACCUUUUCCAGAGAGGGAAAGGGAACCUGCAAGUUCUAAAGCUGUUAUACCAGAGGUUGUCAAGGAAACCACUGCACCAACCGUGCAUCCCACAAAUGACGUUGGACAACCAGUGCCCACUGAGCCAGCCUUUGAACCCACCCAAGCACCCAUUUCGGAAGCCAACAGAGAGGCCACCCUCCAAACUGUAUUGCCUAUCUUGGAGGCAAAUGAACCAGCGGUUCCCUCUGUAGAGAAGCCUCCUCCUGAAACAUAA